CUCUCGCACCUGCGCAGCCAUCUUGUAUUUUGGACGAGGAAAAACAGAGGAGACAAACAAAAAAACAGGAAAAAAUAAGCGUCGAGGAAAAGAAACGGAAGAAGAGCACAUAUAACAAUCAUCGGAGUUCGAAAGGAGAAAGAGGAGGUCAGUGAAAGGGAGGGAAAAGGCUGAAAGCGGCGUGUGUGUGAGCCCGCGGCGCUGUCCCGUUCCGUUCGUUGGCCGAGCGCGAGAGACGCCGGAGAGGAGGAGGAGGAAGAACCGGAGGAGACGAAUAAUCAAGACAAGAAGAAGCGGACAGAGCGAGAGCGCAGGACCGAGGCGGACACACCAUGAAUCCUGAAUAUGACUACCUGUUCAAGCUGCUCCUGAUUGGUGAUUCUGGCGUGGGAAAGUCUUGUCUUCUGCUGCGAUUUGCUGACGACACUUACACUGAGAGUUACAUCAGCACCAUAGGAGUAGACUUUAAGAUCCGUACCAUUGAACUGGAUGGUAAAACCAUCAAACUACAGAUUUGGGACACUGCAGGUCAAGAGAGGUUCCGCACCAUCACGUCCAGUUACUACAGAGGUGCACAUGGCAUCAUUGUUGUUUAUGAUGUCACAGACCAGGAAUCGUAUAACAAUGUGAAGCAGUGGCUGCAGGAGAUCGAUCGCUAUGCCAGUGAGAAUGUCAACAAGCUACUUGUGGGCAAUAAGUGUGACCUCACCACCAAGAAGGUGGUGGACUAUACAACAGCCAAGGAGUUUGCAGACUCCCUGGCUAUUCCCUUCCUGGAGACAAGUGCCAAGAAUGCCACCAACGUGGAGCAGGCUUUCAUGACCAUGGCAGCUGAGAUAAAGAAACGCAUGGGUCCUGGGGCAACGGCUGGUGGCGAUAAGCCCAACCUUAAGAUUGAGAGUACCCCAGUUCGGCAGUCUGGGGGAGGCUGCUGCUAGGACUGACGUCCCUCUCCCAUGAUUCCAGCCCCUUCUCUUCCCUCUCUGCACUCUCGAGCAGUGAGGAAGGGAGGGGCUGGGCAAAACUGGGAUUGGGGUCUCAAAAGGGGAGGUUGAGAAGGAAAGGGUAUAGGGAGAGGGAUGCUCAAGGACUGGGGACUAAUGUUUUGAUCUUGAUUUGUAGCCCCUGAUAUAGAAAACUAGGACUUUGGGUUCUUGGGAGUUUACAUUUCACAAUUUCUGAGCCCCUUUGGAGAAUGAGGGGAAAUCAAAAUUUUAAAGGAAUUGUAUGAGUUGGUGGUAGAGAUACAAUACAGUAUAAAAAUUUAGAUUCUAGCAUACCCCAUUAAACGCAUGUAUAUACACACACACAGACACACCCACACAAACACUAGACUGCGACAGUAAGCAGGAUUAAUACACAUGUGAGGAUUCUUUCUGAAGCAGCCAUGGGUUUGGUCAACAGUGAAAACCCUUCGGUUUUCCUUCCUGUAUUUGUUCUUCACCUUCCAGCUGACCGUUACUGAACCCUGUUUCAAUGAAAGCACGAAGAGGUGGAACAAGGCAGUGACCAAAAGCCCACUAUUACUACUGGAAAUUGGGGGCCCUUCUGGUCCUGGACCUGGUCACUCUCUAAAGGGCAAACUGGCUCCUUUCCCGUCACUGAGCUGCAGGGAAGUUGUCAUUUUGUUUUCGAGUGGUUUCACUGUAGUGUCUAAAGAACACACAAGCACUCUUGACACGACACACACUUGGGAGGUGUUUAGAGGGUUUGAGUGGUAGUGAUGAGAAGAUUAUGGGACCGAUUGCAGCAGUUUGCUACAGUGUCAACAUCAAUGGGACAAAGUGGCAAAAGAAAUGGGCAAUAUUCAGUUCUUCAUCUUUACUGUCAUUUUUUAAGAUUAUACUGUUGUGGUUUUAUGGCUGAUUUUUUUUUUUUUUUUUUUUAUAUGUAUGUUUUCUAAUGUAGUACAUUUGUACAGAUCCUUAAUUGCUGUUGCUUUGCUCACUAAUGGAGGCUUGAUCUUCGUUAGCGGAGCUUGUUUGGACAAGAGCUGCCAUUUCCCCUGAUUAUCGUGGGAAAUGAGGAACCGUAUCCCCAUUUGCAGCGCUGCUGUACCUGUCAACAUUAGCAUAGGCUCCAGACACUGGUGUUCGCAGGCCGUAGACUAUUUGGGGAGCUGUUCUUCCCCAUGUUUGUUUGUUUCUUUUCACUUGUCUUUGUUAGCUGUGAUGUUUACGUGCACAGGAACCCACCUGAAAAGCUCAAGUUGCUUGGUGCAGCUUUUACACAAAGAUGUGGCAUAAUGUUUGUGUCGGCAUACCAAUGCUUUUACUUUUAAUUUGAUGGCUCGGUGUUACGCCAGGGAAACAAUGUUGUGCCAUACUGUGUUUAUACAGGAUGGGGGGGCGAGAACAGAUGUCCUCAGGUUUGUGGAACACACAGUACUUCAGUGUUACCCCAAACGAGGACUGUUUUGUGGAAACUACUCUAGCUUAUCUCCUUAGUGUCCUUCUGUGGACCUCUGUAAGUGGGUGUGUCAGUCUGCAAAGGUUACUCUUUGAAAGUGGUGGAAGUUUGCAGUUUAGCAUCAUUACUCAACUGAAAGUGCUAAUAAGGUAACAUGCAGAAAUGCAAAUAACACGCAUUGGUUCGUAUGGCAGUCAGAUACGAUGGCCCAGUUCUUCUAUUGAGUUUGGUUUGAAAUAUCUUUACAAUAUUUGCUCUCAUGAACAAUAACCUUUACCACGAAGUAACAGAACUCAGAAUGGACCAAACUGAUCUCAGCUGAAAAUGUUUCUCGGCUAAAAUGCAGUGAUGUGCAAAGUUUUCCACUCUGCAGAGGGUCGGAUGUCCACAAGAACCUCACACUGCCCUCUGUUUUAUUUCUGUGAGUGGAGCAGCUGCCAGAAGUUUCUAGAAAGUCUUAAACUCUUAUCUUAAAAGGGUAGAAUGUCAGCUUAGCAGAGCAGUAGUUUAGGUGGAGUGAAAACCUGUGGAUAAUCUUGCUGAGUGCAUUUAAUUAGCGAAAAAAUUUUCCAUGUAGAUGGGUUAAUAUGAAGGAUAUUAAAGUUGUGAGAGCAGGGUCACAUUGAUACCUAAACUACAUGUAGUCUAGUCUGUGUCUGGUUGUUGGUAAAACAGUUACUCAGCAGAAAAACGUAAUGUCUAUAAUACAACGGGCCUGAUUUGUAUGGAUGAAGUAAAAACUGUAUAGAUUGGAGUGGGGGGGGGGGCUGUCCAAGGAAGGCUGAUCGCUAAUCUUUAUUCUCUCCAAUGGUUACUUCUUGUUUGCUGUGGAUGCUAAUGAAAUGUGUCUGACUGGGGUUUUGAACGUGUAAUAUGAGUAAUAAAAUCUACUAUUGUUA